AUGAGGCCAGCACCCUCGCAACAACAACAAGCGAUUGCUUGGUCGUACCCCGAUUAUACAAGUAACAACUUUCAACAACCUACCAAUACCAGUAAUCUCGAUCAUUCGAUUCAUCCACUUGAUAACCUACCACCCACAACGCCAAGUCAAAACGACACCUUAUCUUCAGCAACAACCUUCUCAAGUAGCAAAAAUGAGCCAUUCACUCCAACAGGGAUACACAACUAUCGACGUAAUGCAGCUAUUGGUGGUGUCAUGACAACCACUCGACCCAUGGAUAUUCCACCGUGGUCACCACCCUCACCAUCAGCAUCCAAUCUGGCUAAUAGUAGCGAACAGCAACAAGCCCGACAGCUGGUACGACCUGCCACGUGUCCUGAUGCAUUUCCAUCAUUGUCAUCUUCCAAUUUUACUGUCGGCAGUAUACCCGAACCACCACCACCUUGGCCAGUUAACAUGCAAGCUGUACAAACACCCAUCGAUGAAAAGAUUAUCUCCACUCCCCAAGGAGCUACCCCUGAUGAAGAUGAAAUGCUUGUUUUUAGGAUUGAAGAUCUCAAAAUGUAG